AUGUAGACUAUAUCCCGAGACUCAAAUGCCUUUUUAACAUUGUGUAUACGUUUUUAUACUAUAUACAUUUUAUCCUUGGCAACUUUUUGUUACACAUUUUAGAUUUUAUUUAGUUUUUUUCUCCCUGAAAUUCUUGGGCAGCUUGGCUUUUAGCAAGGACUCCCCAUGUUGAGGCUGUCACUGUAGCUACCGCAGCUUCACCGGUGCAGCGCAGGAAUAGCACGGGAGAGAUUGGCUUUUUUCUUUUUGUUGUACAGUUUACUGUAUAUGUAUGUAAUCAACGGUCGUGUAAAAGCGUAUUCAUUUCCAAGCAACGUUUUCGGCUCUGUUAUAUUUUUUAAAUCACGCUGGUAGAGAGAUAUUAAAAUAAUUCGCGUUACAUGCACAUUUGUAGAAUAAACUGGCUUGCGCAUCCAAUUAGUUCGUAUUUAUUCUAUAGCAAGCAGCUAACGAAAGGGGACAGAGAUUGAAGAUCGGCUUCUAAAGAAAGGAGGCGUCGAUUAGGAGCUGUCAGAAUUAUUAUUUUCAUUGAAACAGAGUCGGGCUAAGCUGGACCGUUUCAAUUGCAUACGAGAGGGACACAAAAAAUCCUGCUAUAGUGCAGCAAAUUAUAAGCUGUCUCCUCCCGCCUGUCUGUGCAGUCCGUGUUACUGCGUGCUGAGCAGUACAGUUAGGUGAAGCUGCAUUCUCUGCACUGAGUAAUCGUCCUCAUCGCACCCCGAAAAACAAUGGAUCAGGGGAGAGGAGGUCAGAGUCCGGACAGCCUCGACUUCACAGUGGAGAAUGUGGAAAAGGCCUUGCACCAGCUGUACUACGACCCCAACAUAGAGAACAAGAACCUGGCUCAGAAGUGGCUGAUGCAGGCCCAGGUGUCCCCGCAGGCCUGGCAGUUCAGCUGGGUCUUGCUCAGCCCAGACAAGGUGCCGGAGAUCCAGUACUUCGGCGCCAGCGCUCUGCACACCAAGAUCUCCCGCUACUGGAACGACAUCCCUGCAGAGCAGUACGAGAGCCUCAAGAGCCAGCUCUUCAGCCAGAUCGCGCGCUUCGCCUCCGGGUCCAAGAUCGUGCUGACCCGGCUGUGCGUGGCCCUGGCCUCGCUGGCGCUCAACAUGAUGCCCGAAGCCUGGCCGGCGGCUGUCAGCGACAUGGUCAAGAUGUUCCAGACGGAGAGCUGUGACGUGGACGGACAGGCUCGCUGCCUGGCUCUGCUGGAGCUGCUGACCGUGCUGCCCGAGGAGUUCCAGACCAGCCGGCUGCCGCAGUACCGCAAGGGGCAGGUCCGCAAUGCCCUGGGGCAGGAGUCCGGGGCCGUCUUCCCCCUCCUGCAGCAGCUCCUCCAGCAGCAGGACUCGCCCAGCUUCAUCAAGCAGAAGGUGCUCAAGUGCUUCUCCAGCUGGGUGCAGCUGGACGUGCCGCUGUCUGACUGCGAGAGCCUGAUGCAGGUGGCGUUCUCAUCGCUGCAGGACCCCGAGCUCUUCGACACGGCUGUGGAGGCCAUCGUCAACGCCAUCUCCCAGCCCGACUCGCAGAGGUAUGUGAACACUCUUCUCAAGCUGAUCCCGCAGGUCCUGCAGCUCCAGGAGCAGCUCCGGCAGGCGGUGCAGAGCGGAGACAUGGAGACCUCGCACGGGAUCUGCCGCAUCGCUGUGGCGCUCGGGGAGAACCACUCCAGAGCGCUGCUGGAGCAGGUGGACCACUGGCAGAGCUUCCUGGCGCUCGUCAACAUGAUCAUGUUCUGCACAGGCAUCCCGGGACAUUACCCUGUCAACGAGACCACCAGCUCCCUCACACUCACCUUCUGGUACUCUCUGCAGGAUGACAUCAUGUCUUUCGAGGCCAACAAGCAAGUGGUUUACAUGCAGGUGUACCGGCCUGUCUACUUCCAGCUGGUGGAUGUGCUGCUGCACAAGGCGCAGUUCCCUUCCGAUGAGGAGUACAGCUCCUGGUCCUCCGACGAGAAGGAGCAGUUCAGGAUUUACAGGGUUGAUAUCUCCGACACACUCAUGUAUGUGUACGAGAUGCUGGGAGCAGAGCUGCUGAGUAACCUUUAUGACAAACUGGGACGCCUCCUGACCAGCACGGAGCAGCCCGCGUCCUGGCAGCACACAGAGGCCCUCCUGUACGGCUUCCAGUCCAUCGCAGAGACCAUCGAUGUGAACUACUCUGACGUCAUCCCCGGCCUCAUCGGGCUCAUCCCCAGGAUCAACAUCAACAACGUGCAGCUGGCAGACACCGUCAUGUUCACCAUUGGGGCCCUGGCGGAGUGGCUGGCAGACCACCCUGUCAUGAUCAACAACGUCCUGCCGCUGGUGCUGCAUGCGCUGGGUAACCCGGAGCUCUCCAUCUCCAGUGUGUCCACACUCAAGAAGAUCUGUCGAGAGUGCAAGUACGACCUGCCGCCCUACGCAGCCAACAUCGUCGCGGUGUCCCAGGAGGUGCUGAUCAAACAGAUUCACAAGACCAGUCAGUGUAUGUGGCUGAUGCAGGCGCUGGGGUUCCUGCUGUCUGCACUGCCUGUGGAGGAGAUCCUGAGGAACCUGCAGUCCCUUAUCUCCCCCUACAUCCAGCAGCUGGAGAAGCUAGCCAGUGAGACGCCCAACCCUUCCAACAAGCUGGCGAUCAUUCACAUCCUGGGUCUGCUGUCCAACCUGUUCACCACGCUGGACAUCACGCGCCACGACGACGACUCCGGGGAGGGCAGCGAGGUCAAGAAGAAGCUGGUCGAGCCCGGGCCCAACCCGGUGGUGGUCGUGCUUCAGCAGGUCUUCGCUCUCAUACAGACGGUGCUCAGCAAGUGGCUCAAUGAUUCCCAGGUGGUUGAGGCGGUGUGUGCGAUCUUUGAGAAGUCUGUGAAGACGCUGCUCCAUGAUUUCACCCCCAUGAUCUCUCAGCUGUCAGAGAUGCUCGGGCAGAUGUACAGCACCAUCCCUCAGGCCUCCGCAUUGGACCUCACUCGCCAGAUGGUCCAUAUCUUUGCCAGUGAGACUGACCACUUCCCACCAAUCAAAGCGCUCUUUCAGCUGGUUACCACGGUAACGCUCUCUAUUUUCCAACAAGGGCCCAGGGAUCAUCCUGAUAUUGUUGAUUCAUUUAUGCAACUCCAGGCGCAGGCUCUCAAAAGGAAACCCAAUUUGUUCUUGUCUGAGAAUCUUGAUGUGAAGGCUGUGUUUCACUGCGGAGUCUUGUCCCUCAAGUUCCCGGAGGCACCCACAGUGAAGGCCACCUGUCUCUUCUUUACGGAGCUGCUGCCUCGCUGUGGAGAUGUUCCUCCCAUCGGGCAGGUAGUGCAUGAAGAUGGCAAGCUGCUGCUGCAGGCUGUGCUGGAGGGGAUCGGAGGCCAGUCUUCCCGGACCCUGGUGGACCAGUUUGCAGAGAUCCUGUUUGCUCUGAACAAGCACUGCUUCAGCUACCUGUCGCUGUGGCUCAAGGAGGUGCUGCAGCAGCCAGGCUUCCCCUCCUCACGCGUCACCCAGGAGCAGAAAAACACCUUCACCCAGCAGAUCCUCAGGGAGCGUGUGAACAAGCGGCGAGUGAAGGAGAUGGUGAAGGAGUUCACGCUGCUGUGCCGUGGUCUGCAUGGCACAGAGUACGUGGCUGACUACUGACCAGGCUGUGAACCGCACUGCCCAGCGCUUAACGGACCUGCGUGGGUCAGUUAGACUUUCCCGUAAGAGACUCAACAUGUAAAGAAUUCAAACAGAUCCAAUCAUCUUCUUGCUUGCUCCCCUGGUAUCCUGACACACAGUGCUGCUGUGAAGUAAACUUAAGACACUUCUGAAGAACAAGAAGAAUUCUUCCCUCUUUAAAAAAAAAAAAAAUAAUAAUAAUUAUAUAUAUAUAUAUAUAUGUUGUAAAGGAAUCUUCUCUCUUUCUCCACACCGCAUAGAGGAGCAAGUCCUGCCCUGGUAAAUUCAGACUCUUUCCUAACGCAUGCUUUCUGAACCCAGCACAAGUACUUCAAAUUUUCUUCCUGAGAUGCAUCACAAAUAAAGACUGUUUUCUAAGAACAACCUUUGGAGCUGCACUGCUGUUGGACUUGUGUGAGAGAAAGGAAAGGGAGGUGGGUGAGGGAGGGAAGCGUAGGAUGGAGGUUGCAUUCUUAGCCGUAUCAUUUGAUUUGAUUUUUUUUUUUAAAAGUUGAACUUGGAGCUGUAGGAACUGCUGGUUAUUAAAGACAUCAAGAAGCGUAGGCGUGCUGACUUGCGUGUCGCUAACAUACUGGGUAUUCUGUGUAUGUGAUUUUAAAACAGUGUGUGUUUAAAGUUGUGUGAUGACAGUUGUGAAUUCUGUGGGGUCUGUUUGUUUUUUCACCUUUAUGAACAACAAUAUGUAGAAUGUGCACUACUAUACUUCCUUGUGGAUGAGAUCCAAUAUGAACUGCUGCUGAAAGGGGGAAAGAAAAAAAAAACCUUUAAAUUGAGACGAUGACAACGACUACAAUAAUAAUAACGAUGCUAAAUAUUGUAUUUCUGCACUUUGGCAAACGUUCCUGCAUUGCUCUGCUUCGUAAAGAUUAACCACUAGCAUGCAGACAAACCAAAUGUUUUUUCUUAACCCCGCACUCCCCUCUCCCUCGUUAAUCGCUUGUGACAUUUCCAGAUUGACCCUACAAUUGCAACAUCCAACAAGACCAGUGUUUUUUUACGACUUGUGUAAAGCAGGCUGCGAACAUGGCUUCUAAUGUGCCCUGCUGUUCUGCAACGUUAAGCGGCAGGCAUAUCUUGGGGAGGGGGCCUUUCUGUUAUUUGGUUUUUACAGUUGAUGAAGGAUGUUUCACAGGCGUUAUCCGUUGCAAACCACCAUCUUAUUGAAUAUGGAAUAGUUUGCAGAAGCACAACUGGAAUCAUCUGUUUCUAGAGGGCUCCUGGCCAGACAAUUGCAAAUAAGGGGCUAAUGCCCACCUGCCACGUGAAGAUGGCUCUCCUCUUUCAGGCUGUAAACCCUGUCCUGCCCUGCAGCUCCAAUGUGCGAGUGUGGCUGGGCUGAGCUCUGCGGGGUCUGAAUUGUAAAACAUAGAUGAAGGCAUCCUGUUGUAAUACGGGUUAUGUACAUUUUUUUUGUACCGAGUUUUAAUUUAUUAAAUAUAUUGCAGUGUG